AUGGCGGAUUGUGGUGUUAGUGAAAUGAUAUUUCGUGUGCCUGUUGUUGUUGUUAUGGGUGCCACAGGAGCUGGAAAAUCAAAAUUAGCGAUCGACAUUGCGAAGAAAUUCGGGGGAGAGGUUAUAAGCGCCGAUUCAAUGCAGGUGUACCGAGGGCUGGACAUCAUCACCAACAAGGUGACGGUGGAGGAGGCGCAGGGCGUGCCGCACCACCUGCUGGACUUCCUCGAGCCCACGGAGAGAUUCUCCGUGGUCGACUUCCGCGACGCUGCUCUGCCCAUCAUCGACGACCUGGUGUCGCGGCAGAAGCUGCCCGUGGUGGUGGGCGGCACGCACUACUACAUAGAGUCGCUGCUCUGGAAGGUGCUGGUCACCGGUGGCUCGCCGGACGAAGCCACCAAGAGGCGCCACGCAGACGACGCCGCUUCCGACAGUGAUGGCGAGGACGCGGUGAACGAGGCCAUCCUGAAACGCAGCCGCGGCGCCGGCGACCCGGAGGAGCUGCGUUCUGUGUCCAGCGAGGAGCUGCAUCGCCGCCUCCAGCUGGUUGACCCCGAAAUGGCGGCCAGCCUGCACCCCAACAACCGCCGCCGCAUCAUCAGGUGA